GUGAUAUUAGAGUGUAAGGGUUCUACAUAGAGAGAGAGAGAGAGAGAGAGAGAGAGAGAGAGAAGAAGAAGAAGAAGAAGAAGAAGAAGAAGAAGAAGAAGAAGCUUACAAAGAGUUCGAAAACUAGAGAGCCAUUGUGACUAAUAAAGGCCAUGGGUUGCAUAAGUUCCAAAAGGGCAAGAACGACAUAUGGCUAUACUGCUCAACCAAAGGUAGUCUAUGUACCUUCAGAGUCAGAAAGAAAGUCUGAGAACAAUCUCAACAACAUAGAUGAGGUUACGAGAGCCUUGGCACAUAGUGGCCUAGAAACUGGAAAUCUUAUUGUUGGCAUUGAUUUCACUGGGACCAAUAAGUGGGCAGGUGUAAAGUCAUUUCAGGGGAGAAGCUUGCAUCAUAUUGGUGAUGAACAAAACCCUUAUGAACAAGCAAUAUCAAUUAUUGGAAGAACAUUAUCUGGCUUUCACGACAAUAACUUAAUUCCUUGUUUUGGAUUUGGAGAUGCUUCAACGCUUGACCGAGACAUCUUUAGUUUCUAUCCAGAUAAAAGACUCUGCAAUAGAUUUGAGGAAGUGCUGACACGUUACAGAGAAUUAGUCCCUCACCUAAAACUUUCCGGGCCAACAUCAUUUGCUCCCAUCAUUGAAAUGGCAAUCACUAUUGUUGAGCAAAGUGAAUGCCGAUACCAUGUUUUAGUAAUAAUAGCAGAUGGACCGGUAUCUAUUUUUGUUCUGGAUUUUUUAGUUUAAUAUGAUAUUUUGUGUAAGGUUGGUUUGUUCUAAUUGGCUGAUGUGCCAUAACUUACAUUGAAAAUGGCACAUAUGAAGCCAAAAACUGCCACUUCUGCCUAAUAAUGUGCCUAAUGGUAUUGUGUGUAAGUAAAGUUUAUUUCGUGGCAAUAGGUAAACGAAAUUCAAG